AUGGCAGAUAAUACUAUUUUCUUGUAUAACUUCAGCCUCAAACCUGGUCAAUGUGUGGAGUUGGACGGUUUCAUUCCAGAGGGCUGCAGAAGGUUUUUCAUCAACUUGGGAAAAGAUGCCAAGAAUUUAGUGAUCCACUUUGAUGUUCGAUUUGACUUCCAGGCGGAAAAACGUAUUUUAUCCUUGAACUCAAUGGAGGACGGUGUCUGGGGAGAAGAGCUGAGGGAGAAAGUAUUCCCCUUCAAGGAGGCAUCAGACACCAUGGUUUGCUUCCAGUAUGAGCUAGACAAGAUCACCAUCCAAUUGUCUUCCGGAAAGCCCUUCUCAUUUCCAGUCCGCUUUACCAUGGAGGAGAUCUCCUACAUGGCAGAGCCCAUCUGUCCAUAUCCAGGCUCUGUGAAAUGGCCAUAA